AUGACUACUACAAAACCCACAAAAUCAAUUCAAGUUCAAAUAGUUCCAAAUAACCAGGUAAUAGAAGUAGUUAGACAAUUAACGUAUGACCCUCUUUACAAAAAAGAUGAUGUAAUUCAAAUCACAGUUACCACCGUACCCAGAGCUCGACUUGAAAUUGCUUCAAUUGUCAGCAUCAUUCAAUAUUCGUGUGACAUCGUCUUGUCAAAUAUCGUGAAUGAUGUAUCUAUAGAUUUUUCGAAAGUUAGAAUUCCUUUCUCUUGGCCAAAUAAAACCAUUCGUGAAAUUCUUUUCGCCAACCACGAUAGCCCCAUAGCUCUCGAAUUGGUCAGUAGAGAUUGUCGUUUGGCGUUGUUUAGAAAAAAUGAUCACAAUCGUAGAGAUGAUUGGUACGACCAAAUAAAAAAUUGGAGAAAAGACCUACCACUUCGAUUUCAUCUCAUGUUAAAUGAAUUGGUUGAAAAUGUAUCGGCUCACGCACAAUUAGAAGAAUCCAGAUUUUGUUUUACGACAGGUUUAUUAUUCGCUCAUAAGAAACUCUAUUAUGUUGUAGCUGAUAGUGGUGUAGGUCUUAGAGGUUCACUCCGAGAAGCAAUUGUUACGGAAGCUAAAGAUUUAGCAUCACGGGCAUGUGCUCUACAUUUGACACGACCACAAUUUACUUCCAAGGGUAUUGAUAGAGGUCAUCAAGGUGUUGGUUUAUUUAUCACUAGUGAAUUGGCACAAAUGAAUCAAGGUUAUCUUGAAAUUCUUUCUGGUCUUCAGGAAUAUGAACAACGUGACAACACGGUAAUGAGAGUACGAGGUAUAACUGAAUGGAAAGGAACAAUGGUUCACGGAGCAAUUAACCUUGAUAAAGAAUUUAAUUAUCGUCAAGCCAUGAAAUUAUUUUCCGAUCCUUCGAGACUUGCCAAUGAUCGUUUCCUAGUUUGUCAAAUUCAUUUAAAUGUUUAUGGUCAACGUACUUUACGUACUCGGGAACUUUGUGAAGAAAUAAUUCGUGAUCUUGAACUUGCUGUUGAAAGGUCACCUAAAAUUAUUUUAGAUUUUUCAGAUAUAGAUGAAAUUAGUCAAGCUUUUCGAGGAUUCUUAAAACAAUUUGUAGUAAGAAAUUCAAAAAUACAAAUUAUGAUCAUGGUACCUCCAA